ACAGAAAGUAAACUCCAGCCUCUCCCUGACUGGUUAAAUUGGUGUUUUCUCCUGCGGAGCCUCAUUCCUUCAGACUGACGUCCUGCAGUCAAACAUGUUUACGUGUCUCUGAGCUCAGGUUGAGACGUUUCAGGAUUACCUCUGACAGAAACGCUGGAAAGCUUCAAAAUCAAGACAUCCUCAAAGUGAUUUGAAACAGCUGGAUCAUGAGUUCUGAUGAAAUGUUGAAGUCCAGACUCAACGCCCUGCAGAGCCACUUCACCUGGGAUCUGAAAUCCAGCCGGCAAAACCUGACCUACCUGAGAAUCCGACUGGAGGACAUCGGCACUGAAGAGGGAAACUUCUGGCUGGGUCACGUCUACAACCUGCUGGGCUUCAUCCAGUACCAGCUGGGCUCCUCUGAAGACGCCCUGAACCUCUUCAACCGGGCCGCUGAGACCUUCCAGAGGCAGAAAAACGCUGAUGAAGGUCCCUGGUUGAUGGUGAACUUUGGGAAUCUGGCCUGGCUGCACCAUCACCUGGGAGAAGAUGAGAAGAGUGAAGACUACCUGUCAAAGGUCGACGGUCUGAUGAGGAAAUACCCAGCUCCACCUGAGUUAGAGCGCCACCCAGAGGUCUUAGCUGAGAAGGCCUGGACCCUGAUGAAGUUUGAUAAAGAGAAGAAGCUGGAGGCUGCAGAGCUCUUCCAGAGAGCCAUCGAGAUGCAGCCGGACACCGUGGAGUGGCAGAGCAGCUACGCCAUACUAUCAGCACAAAGUCUAGAAGAAAGCAUAGAGAAACUGUUCGCUGGCAACCUGGAAGAGCUGAGAUCAGCCAAAGAACGAGAUCCAGAUAACUUAUGCAUUGCUGCUCUUUAUCUGGAGGCCAAAGCUGCGUCAAUUAAGCGUGAAGCAAGAGAGUUAGCUGAAAGGAUCCUAGAGAGGCCGAUUAACAACUACUGUGGCAUCGAUGUACUACUGAGUCUUUACAUGAAGCACAUCUCUAAAGAUGAAGCUGUUGACAUAGCCAAAGAGGCUCUGAGGAGACAUCCAGACUCACGAUACGUGAAAAGGGCGGCUGCAAAGUACUACACUAAAAAGAUUUUAUCUAAUUGCAGCAAUCCUGACCCCAGAAGGAUCAAAGAAACAAUCAGUCUGUGGGAGGAAGUGGUUGAUGCUUAUCCUGAAUCCUCCCUUAAAGAAAGAUUAGCUCUAGCAGACGUACAGGCAAAGAUAGAUAAAGAGGAAGCUGAGCAGAUUUACAAAGAGCUGCUGGAACAAAGACAAGAUCUGGAUCCAGCAGGAAAACAGAUGCUUUACUGUCGCUACGCCAAAUAUUUAUUCUUUAUGAAAAAUAACAGCUGCGAGUCAACUGAGUACCACAUGAGGGCAGCAGAGAUCCAAGAAGAGUCAAAAUAUCGACAUUCCAGCAUCACAGAACUGAAGAAGACCUUAACAAGAGAAACUUCCAGAAGAAACGGAGACGCUGAUCUGUGCAAACGCAUCAAGGAGCUUCUGGCCAGACUGGGAAUUCAACCUGCAACCCAGAACCACUGAAUGUGAUCAGAACACAUUCUUAAACUAUUUCACAUUAGCAUCAAAUAUAAGCGGAAUAAUUUAGAUAAGUAAGUUGUUUUCAUAUCUAUGAAUGGGUCUUCUUCUGUAACUUGAUUUUUUGCUAAAUAAAAGUUGGAGUUUCA